CAAGGCUGAGAGCCAAAACCUCCAGCCCUUUGAUAAUGCUGGAGUCUAGUGGGAACCAGGUGGCUGGGUUCCAGAGCUUCUGUCGCCCCGGAAUCAACCUUCCUGGUCCUCGGGGGAUUCAACAGCUGCUGAGCGGAGCAGGCUUGGCUCAUUCCUCUGACCUGCCAGGAAGGAGAGAGUCCCAGAGACUGGGCCGAGACAAUCAGACCUGAGCUCCAGGAGAAGGCAGACGAGGAUCGCAGCUGCACGGCCCGUCCUACACCCUUCUCCCUCCUUAGUCUCCAAAGCCCCCAGAAUUCACCUGGAGGUGCCACAUCUAUCCCAAUCCCUGGGGCUCCAGCCCCUUGGGGGAUCUGCAUCCCAGCAUGUCGAUAGCUGUGGAGACCUUCGGCUUCUUCAUGGCAGCCCUGGGACUGCUGAUGCUGGGGGUGACCCUACCCAACAGCUACUGGAGAGUGUCUACCGUCAAUGGGAACGUCAUCACCACCAACACCAUCUUUGAGAACCUAUGGUACAGCUGUGCCACCGACUCCAUGGGAGUCUCCAACUGCUGGGAGUUCCCUUCCAUGCUGGCCCUCUCUGGGUAUGUCCAGGGCUGCCGCGCCCUCAUGAUCACUGCCAUCCUCCUGGGCUUCCUGGGCCUCUUUCUGGGCAUGGUGGGGCUGCGCUGCACCAACGUGGGAAACAUCGAUCUCUCCGUGAAGGUCAAGAUGCUGGCCAUUGCAGGAACUUUCCACAUCCUUGCUGGUACCUGCGGAAUGGUGGCUAUCUCCUGGUACGCCGUCAACAUCACUACUGACUUCUUCAACCCCUUGUAUGUUGGAACCAAGUACGAGCUGGGUCCUGCUCUCUACUUGGGCUGGAGUGCCUCCCUGCUCUCCAUUCUGGGCGGCAUUUGUCUCUUUUCCACCUGCUGCUGCGCCUCUAAAGAGGAACCAGCCACCAGGGCCAGGCUUCCCUAUAAAGCUUCUACGGUCGUGAUACCCAAAACCACUUCAGACGAAAGCAAUGUCAGCUUUGGCAAAUAUGGCAAAAACGCCUACGUGUAGGAGCUCUGGCCUGGUGGACACGGCCCCAGUGGAAAAGUGUCCCCAGGAUGCUCGGACCAGUCUCCAGUUAAUAACCUCAGGACAGGCCAUUUCCAGGCACCACCCUGCGCCUGGAAGCCAUGACCUGCUCUGGGUAUACCUUCUCUGGCACUCCAGCCUCCCCCAGGGACAGAAGCUGCGGGGGGCAACUCACAUGGCCUCCUACAGCUGGACCCAAGGGGACAGAGGUGUCUGCAGCUUGUGAUGCCAUAUAAAUACAUGCAUAAAUAAAUGUAUAUUGUGAUUGUUCAGGGGCUUCAGGGGCCAUGAAGUUGCAGCCGAGUGAGGGGCUCACUCUCAAACCACAGACUGUCAAUAUUGUCCACUUUUGAGCUGUCUCAUCCAGUGAGGAUCUGAGUUCAAAUCCCCAGAACCCAUGUAAAAAGCCAGGCCAGGUCACACUCCCAUACCCCCAGCACUGUUGGGAAGGCUCUCUGAGGCUUACUGGCUUCCAGCCUAUCUCCAGGUUCAAUGUGAGACCCUGUCUCAGAGGUCUAAGGCAGAGAAUGAUAAAGUGCUGGAAGCCCUCCUCCGACCUGUGCAGGCACACAGACUGUGCACAAACAGCAUGCACAGGUUCUCAACAAAAGGCAUUGCCAGUACCCACCUCAGGGAAUUAUUGCUAGCUGGGAUGCCCCCUGGCGUCUCUCUCUCUUGACUCUUAACCUGUGUUCUUCCAGCUGCAUGGAGGAGCUGUUGAUCCAGAACAGGUGUCUGUGUGUGUGUGUAUGUGCGUGUGAACUAGAUUUGGGGUUUAAUAAAGAUAUUUUAAAAGAUG